UCUACUCCGUCCUCGUCUUUUCUCUGGGUGUUCUCAAUCCCUUCUCACUGCGUCUCUCUUGUCUAUUAUCCUUCAUUGCUCAUAUCCACCCGCCACUGCACCCUCCAAAAUGGGCUCCGAAACACCCUCCAACGCCCUCUGGACCACCCAGUCGGUCCUCGCAACCCUCCCCCACCCUCCCGAAGAGAACUCCGCGUCGCCAGUCCCCUUCUUCCACCUCCUCGAACGCCUGAAGACGACCAAGCGCGAAGGCUGGCGCCGAUUCGGCAUCAACGCGGGCGAGUCGAUCUCGGACCACAUGUACAGGAUGUCGAUCAUGACGAUGCUGGCGCCGCCGAGUCUGGCGGGACGGCUGAACCUGGCGCACUGCAUGAAGAUGGCGCUGGUGCACGAUAUGGCGGAGUCGCUGGUGGGCGACAUCACGCCGGUGGACAAGGUGGACAAGAAGGAGAAGGCGCGGCGCGAGGCCGACGUGAUGGACUACAUUGCCGGCAAGCUGCUGGGCGGCGUGCCCGGCGGGGCCAUGACCGGCCAGGACAUCCUGGGCGUGUUCCACGAGUACGAGGCCAACGAGACGCUAGAGGCGCAGUUCGUGCACGACGUCGACAAGAUGGAGCUGCUGCUGCAGAUGGUCGAGUACGAGCGCGCCAGCGGCGUCGACCUGACCGAGUUCUGCCAUGUGGCUGGCCGGAUCCAGCUGCCGGAGGUCAAGGAGUGGGCGGCGACAGUGAUGCAGGAGCGCGAGGCGUUCUGGAAGAAGAAGGCUGCGGCCAACGGGUCGGCGUGAUGGUGCAAUGACAUAUCCUCGGCGUUGCUUUCCGGCCCCAGAAGGGGUAUUGUACAUUGUGAUUGACGGGCGUUUCUUCUUCUGCUGUGCUUUGAUUUGAGUUAUGGACGGACACGGAUACGGACACGGGCCACGCAUAGAGAUGGAUUUCUAGCAUUGCAUAGACACUUCGGCG